AUGAUCUCUGUCCCAAAAUACGACAUGCUUCUGGCCUCCAGAAAGCAUGGCAAGGAAACCUAUGCUUUGGCCUUCAUUGUCUCUUUUCUGGCUGUGGGACAGGCUAUUACAAUCGCCGCUGCGGGUGCCAGUAACCAGAGCACCGCCUGGGGACUCAAGAAUGCCGUGCCCCGAGAGGAGGAAUUAUCAUGUGCCAUUCUCGCGGGACCAUCAUCACGUCUUUUGCGGCUGGAGACUUGGCUGCAUCCUGGUGCCAGGAUGUGGUGGCUGGCAUCGGCUGGGUACUGGAUCACUGCCCUGUCUGUGGCGGAGAAAAUUGUGGUGUUGCCGGCUAGAGGAGCAUGA